UUUUUGACACUUGUAUCCGUGGAUUGACAGCUGAUCAAAGAUCUUACUAAUGUGCAGUAUCUGCCAAGUCCCCCCGACAGCCCGGCACAUGAAGCGUCUUCGCGCGCCCACCGAGGCCGGGACGGGCCUUGGACCCCGGUCUCAGAGAGAAUACUGCUCAAGUAUGCGUCGCCCGUCCGCUUCUCCGAGUCCAGCUACCCAAAGAUUGCUGCUCAGAAAAGACCAAGCCCUUUCUGUCGGAAAUCGUGAUUUGGUUGUGAUACCAAGAAGUUUGCCUGGCUUCUUACAGCCAAGACGGUUCGCACAGCCGCCCAGCUGCUACCCCAAUAUUAGUCGACGAGAUAUGAUUGGCUCCGCGGUUCGGUCAUUGUUCUGCUUCAAUACUUGGCACUGGGCUUCAAAUACUGGAGUGAUCCUGAGAGCCAUGACCCGCUCACCCUGGUUUCGGUUGCCUCGUCUUGUGGAGCCCGUCGACUUUGGCCGCUUGUUCUUCUUCUUUUCCGCGCAGGGCGUGCAUACAUUAAAGAGGCGCCAGUCGUUUCUGUUUCUUUAUCGUCAAUUCCUUCCCCCAGCUCCCUUUCUUUCUUCUCUGUCUCCGCCUUUUCCUUCUUCAUCCACUCAACAUGGAGAGCGAAUCCAAAGUCAGUUCUCUGGUCCGCCGGAUCCACGGAUGGUCGUGGCAAGCGUUCCCCAUUGGUAUGGGCACCGGUGCCGUCUACGUGACGCUCUCCGGCCUCGAGGCACAGACACCCGCGCUAGUGACUAUCCAAGUGAUCUUCUACUUCCUCAAUAUGGCCCUCUUCCUGCUCAACACGAGUACCCUGCUCGUGCAAGCUAUCGUCUUCCCUAGGCAGGCAUGGAGGCUUCUGCAGGACCCCGUCAAAGGCAUCUUCGUCCCCCUCGUCGUCCUAUCGUUCGCCACCAUCAUCAUCGGAACGAUCAAUUACGCGGUGCCGUCCAAACACGUCGGCCCGGAGCUGAUCUAUGCGCUGUUCUGGGUGUACACGGUGUUCGCGCUGCUGACCUGCUUCCCGAUGAUGAUGAUCUGGUUCAACAAGCCGCAUGAUCUGAACCACUUCACACCUGCCUAUGCGUUCUUGGUAUUUCCUCUGAUGCUGGUCGGCGUGGUUUCGUUCAACCUUCUGAACGUGAUGUCAAACGACGAUCCCCGAGCUCUUGGCGUCCUGUUUGUCGGCUAUUUCUUCCAGGGUCUCGGGUUCUUCAUGACCUUCAUCUACAUCUGCAUCUAUGUCAUCCGCGUUAUGACUACGGGAUUCCUCGAUGGUCAUCAGGCAAACGGUGCAUUCGUUGCCUGCGGUCCCCCUGGCUUCACUGCCCUGGCCCUGGUCAACCUCGGGCGCCACGCCAAGGACCUAUUGCCCAAGUUUAAUCUCGUGUCGCCGCAAGCGGGCGAGAUCUGGUAUGCCGUCAGCAUCAUGUCGGCGCUGAUGCUGUACGGGCUCGCGGUGUUCUUUUUUGUGUUUGGUGUCCUGCCGUACUGGUUCAAAGUGCACAAACACCUGAACGAGAUUCUUGGAUGCUGGGCGCUGACCUUCCCCAACGUCGGGUGGAUCAGCACCACGAAAACACUCGGCAAAUUGCUAAAUGUCCCUGGGCUGGUGUCGCUGCAUGUAUUUUUGUCGGUCGUGAUCGUGAUCACUUGGCUGGUGCUCAUCGUCCUCACCGCGAUGGCAUUCUGGAAGGGGCUCAUCUUCUACUCCAAGCCGGAGGACGUGCUCAGGGACUCGGUCACCGAGGCCGAGGAGAAGGAGAUCGAGAAGCACGCGUCGAGGUCGUCGUUCGCGAUCGACCAUGAGCAGCAGUACCCCCAUCAGUACCACCCGUACAACCACGUCUGAGCGACGGGAUACACCCGUGACGGACACACCCAAACUUGUACUUUGUUUUCUCCCCCUUGUAGAUUGGUGGAUUUGUGUGCAUCGCAACCUAGAGUUUUGCACAAGGACAAUCAUACAGACAUUCCUUACCAUCGUUUAGUACCGCGGCCACUUACGCAUAUAGUAGUAGUACUCACUCGUACUUUAUUUCUCCCUCAUUUCUUGUGGAUCG